GAACAAAUAUCUUGUCAAUAAAGGUAAUAAAUAAUAAAAUGUUUGACAGAAAAUUUAAAAUAGUGAAAAUGAUUUGUUAUUUUUAGAUGUUUGAGGAAGGGAAUCAAAUCACAGUUGAAGAAGUUGAUAGAGUUCUAUCAGAAAUAGAAAGCAAAUACUCACCAGUAGAAUGUGGCCCUAUACACGAUAGCUUUGAAGAAAAUUUAGCCGUUUUAUCCAAAGAGUUUGACUCAGUUGGAGUAGAGCCAAUUGAUUUAAAGAAACCUAUUUCAAAAGUAUUCAAGCAAGUGGUAAGUAGUUCCCGUUCUUUAGUUCAAAUUCAUAGAAGAACUUUGUCACAAAUGAGAGAUGUUAAUAUCACUGUUCAAACUAAAAAUUCUAACAGCAACUACUUACGUAAAGUUGUAGAUGAUUGUAACACCAAAAUAAAUAUGUAUGAAGAUAAAACUGGGAUUUUACAAAAUAAGAUCUCAGUUCUCGAAGACAAAGUAACAGAACAUAAAAAAAAGGAAACUGAUAUGAAAAAUGAAAUAGAAAAAAUUAAAAGAUAUUGCAAUAUGAAAAAUGGUGAAUAUUCUAGACAUAUCAGACAAGUUUCUGAGGAAAACAAGCGUCUUAAAGAAUCUUUAGGAACUGACAUAAAUACUACUCACUCCAAAGAUGAAGUAUUACUUAAAAUUAUAGCGAAGUAUAAAGCAAAUGAAGAAAUUUACAAAGAAACCAUCCACAAGUUACAAGAAAAUAAUAGGCAACUUUUGGAAGAAGUAAUAGACUUGAAGAGCAAAAGGAAAUAUUAGACAGCAUAAGAAUCUUAAUUUUUGAUCCUGUUUUAACUUAUUUAAUAUUUUGUAUUCAUCUUUUAGACAAUAAAUUUUGUAUUUUUCU